AUGCCCUCUUUCGAUUGUACGUUGAAAAUCGAUAAGGUAUGAAUCUUACCGUAAGAUUGGUGAAUUUGGUACUAGCCUAGGCUAGUACGCCUAUAAAAUUACAAUUUUCAGGACGAGCCUCGAACUUUCUGGAGAAUCCCAAUUAGUGUUGCCAUUUUGUUGGUUCAAGUUUCGGUUGUUGGAUUUUUCGUGCACAUGGCUUGUGCAAACCCGCGAGUGAUUAUAGAGAACCUGUGUUUUGUACGUUUCACACUCCGAAUAGGAAGAUCUAGAUUUCACGAAAUUUCAGGGUGCCAUCCAAGUCGCCAUUUCGAUUUGCUUCAUCACAAACUUCUAUUACGCGAUUCUUCUUCACUUUGUUGCGCAAGUUUGUGGUUUGGUUAUUGGAUUUUUCGUUUUUGUGCAAUUCUUCAUAGGUGAAUUAGAAAAUCUUGUUCUUUUUAAUUAAAAAUUCAAAAGUUUUUCAGUGGAGGCUGGAAGAUGGAACGAAUCUGAAACGAAAGUGGUAAAAUCCAAUGUCGCUGUGAUUUUUGUGAUUUGUGAGUUUUCCAUGGAUAAAAUUACAAAAUAGAAUUCUACCUUCUGCAGAUUACAUCUUCUACAUGAAUCUCGUCUACAAACUCGUGGUUUAUCUCAAGAAUAAACGCGAAUCUGCUGCAAAGCAAAUUGAACCAACCGCCCCUUCUGUAAAUAUGGAGGAGUCCAAGUUUUUCAAUAAUUUUUGAAUCUAUCUAUCUAUCAUAUUUUUUUACAUCUUGUCAAAUAAAUUCUGUAUAAUUUAAUGUGUUUUUUCUUGAAAUCUUAUGGGUUUAAAGUGAACCUAAUUGUAAGUAUAAAUAUUUUCAUUUCGUCAGAAUUUCCAUAAUUUUUCUGUUUAGAGAGCAUUAAUGCCAACUUUUAAUUUCUCACUGAACAUUAAUCCGGUAAGAGUUCCCAGAUCAAAAAAAAAAUCACUAAAAGCAAAGAAUUUUUGAGAAUGAGCCAAGAACAUUCUGGAAAUUACCAGUGACCACCGCAAUUUUAUUCAUUCAAAUAUCAAUUAUCCUAUUUUUCGUUGGCUUGGCAUUCGAAUUAAAACGCUAUGAAAUUGCGUUGUUGGUAAGUUCGAAUUUCAGAUUUUCAGACAAAAAAAACAAUUUUUUGUUUAAAUAGAGCGCAGUUCAAUUGAUCAUCACAUUAUUCUUCAUAUCCGAUUUGUAUUAUGUGAUUUUGGUGCAUUUUUGUGCGCAGAUUUUCGGAUUUCUUGGGCUGGUUUUGUGGUUUUUUGAUGCUAUUUGGAGAAGUGAGUUUUUGUUUUUAAUUUUGAAGAAAAACUGGCGAAAAAUUUCCCAGGUUUAGACAAACUCCUGAUUUUUCCAGUCGGAAUCCGAAAAUCUGAAGCCACCAACAUCGAGAUCUUCACCGCCUGGUACAUGACAAUCAUCGGAAUCUUCUAUAUUUAUUACAUGGAUCUCGUCUACCAAAACAUUUUAUUCAUCGAAAAACAACGAAAAGCUGCAAAUCUUCGAAGAUCCGCUCCACACAAUUGUAAUAAUGCUUGA